CCUCCCCCGCAGGAUGAAGAUGAGACGCUACAAGCUCUUCCUCAUGUUCUGUAUGGCCGGCCUGUGCCUCAUCUCCUUCCUGCACUUCUUUAAGACCCUGUCCUACGUCACCUUCCCCAGAGAACUGGCCUCCCUCAGCCCGAACCUCCUGUCCAGCUUCUUCUGGAACAAUGCCCCCGUCACGCCCCAGGCCAGCCCAGAGCCGGGGAGCCCCGACCUGCUGCGUACCCCACUCUAUUCCCACUCGCCCCUGCUCCAGCCGCUGUCCCCCAGCAAGGCCGCCGAGGAACUCCACCGCCUGGACUUCGUGCUCCCCGAGGACACCACCGAGUAUUUCGUCCGCACCAAAGCCGGGGGUGUCUGCUUCAAACCGGGCACCAAGGUGCUGGAGAAGCCCCCGUCGGGGCGGCCAGAGGAGAAGACGGAGGGGGGCGACGGCUCGUCUGCCCGGGGCCCAGCCCGGCACCUGCUGAGCGCCAGGGAGCGCACGGGGGGCCGGGGCACGCGGCGCAAGUGGGUGGAGUGCGUGUGCCUGCCGGGCUGGCACGGGCCCAGCUGCGGGGUGCCCACCGUGGUGCAGUACUCCAACCUGCCCACCAAGGAGCGCCUGGUGCCCAGGGAGGUGCCGCGGCGCGUCAUCAACGCCAUCAACGUCAACCACGAGUUCGACCUGCUGGACGUGCGCUUCCACGAGCUGGGCGACGUGGUGGAUGCCUUCGUGGUGUGCGAGUCCAACUUCACGGCCUACGGGGAGCCCCGGCCGCUCAAGUUCCGCGAGAUGCUGACCAACGGCACGUUCGAGUACAUCCGGCACAAGGUGCUCUACGUCUUCCUGGACCACUUCCCGCCGGGCGGGCGGCAGGACGGCUGGAUCGCCGACGACUACCUGCGCACCUUCCUCACCCAGGACGGCCUGGCGCGGCUGCGCAACCUGCGGCCCGACGACGUGUUCAUCAUCGACGACGCGGACGAGAUCCCCGCGCGCGACGGCGUGCUCUUCCUCAAGCUCUACGACGGCUGGACCGAGCCCUUCGCCUUCCACAUGCGCAAGUCCCUCUACGGCUUCUUCUGGAAGCAGCCGGGCACCCUGGAGGUGGUGUCGGGCUGCACGGUGGACAUGCUGCGCUCGGUGUACGGGCUGGACGGCAUCCGCCUGCGCCGCCGCCAGUACUACACGAUGCCCGCCUUCCGGCAGUACGAGAACCGCACGGGGCACAUCCUGGUGCAGUGGUCGCUGGGCAGCCCCCUGCACUUCGCCGGCUGGCACUGCUCCUGGUGCUUCACCCCCGAGGGCAUCUACUUCAAGCUCGUGUCGGCCCAGAACGGGGACUUCCCGCGCUGGGGGGACUACGAGGACAAGCGGGACCUCAAUUACAUCCGGAGCCUGAUCCGCACGGGGGGCUGGUUCGACGGCACGCAGCAGGAGUACCCGCCGGCCGACCCCAGCGAGCACAUGUACGCCCCGAAGUACCUGCUGCAGAACUACCACCGGUUCCGCUACCUGCUGGACAACCCCUACCAGGGGCCCAGGAGCACGGCCGCAGGGGGGCCGCGGAGCAGGGGCUCCGAGGGAAGGCCCCCCGCCAGGGCCAAGUCGGACGCGGUGGAAGGCUAAGGUGGCACGGUGUUCAGGGCCAGUGGCAGGGCAGGGGUGCGACUGCCCUCCUGUCAUCUUCCUGCCUCCUGACCUCGGGGGUCUUGAGAGAGGGGACCGGAAGUGGAUGCUGGGAGACUCUUCCCUGUCCAAGCCCUGGUGGCUCAGGGGUCAGGCCUGUGACCUCAAAAACCGUCACUCCUCAUGGUGAGCGGGGACCCUGACCCUCCCGCCCUCCAAGCGAGCUGUGCCAGGAGGUGCCGCGGAGGGUGCAGGAUGGUAACUGGGUGGCCGGGGAGGGUGGGAA